AUGAAUAAGCUUGAAAAACAUGAACAAGUAGCAAUGCUCAAUGAUGAAAAUCAUCCACCACGAAUAAGAAAUACGAAUGGUCAAGGAGUUGUCGGAACAUGUUGUUCAUGUUUUUUUGGUUCACUUCGUACUAAUCUACUUCUUACAUUGACCAUUACCGGUGUAUUUUUCGGCUUACUACUUGGAUUUCUAUGUCGUUUAUUAAAUCCGUCCGCCGAAACGAUUAUGAUUCUUUCGUUUCCCGGUGACAUUCUUAUGCGUAUGCUCAAAAUGCUUAUUUUACCUCUUAUUACAUCUAGUCUUAUAACUGGUUUGGCUGUACUUGAUCCAAAAUCAACUGGUAAAUUAGGUUUUUAUGCAUUGACAUAUUACAUUACAACAACUAUACUUGCUGCUAUACUUGGUAUUUUACUUGUACAAGCAAUUCGACCAGGUGAACGAGGUAAUCAAGCUCAGUUACGUUCGGAAUUAUCAGGAGAUGAACCCAAAGCUGAUCAGGUUACAACACUCGAUGCAAUAUUUGAUUUAUUUCGAAAUAUGGUACCGGAAAAUAUUAUUCAAGCUGCACUUGAACAAGUUAAAACAACAAGAGAGACUAGUUCUACGACUGUUAAUGACACCGUAACUACUAAAGUUAAAUUUUCUACACGUUACGUUUCUGGUACCAAUUUCUUAGGUUUAAUUACAUUUUGCUGUGCAUUUGGUAUAGCAAUCGGAACAAUGGGAAAACGUGGUGAACCCAUGUUACAUUUUUUUCUUAUAUUAAAUGAAAUUGUCAUGAAAUUAAUAAAAUUAGUUAUGUGGUAUUCACCAAUUGGUAUCAUGUUUUUAGUUGCUGGAAAAAUUUUAGAAAUAGAUGAUUUGAUUAAAUUAGCUCAAAGUUUAGGAAUGUAUGCAUUAACAGUCUUAACUGGUUUAGCUAUACAUUCAUUGGUUACAUUACCACUUAUAUUCUAUGCUGUUACACGAAAAAAUCCAUUUGCAUUUUAUCGUGGAAUGCUUCAGGCUUGGUUAACAGGUAUUGGAACAGGUUCAAGUGCUGCAUCAUUACCUGUUACAUUUCGAUGUUUGGAAGAAACAUUAAAAUUAGAUCGACGUGUAACACGUUUUGUAUUACCAAUAGGAGCAACGGUUAAUAUGGAUGGUACGGCUUUAUAUGAAGCAGUUGCUCCGGUUUUUCUUGCCCAACUUAUGGGUAGACAACUAGGUGUUGGGCAAUUAAUUAUUGUUAGUUUAACAGCAACAGUAGCUUCAAUUGGAGCUGCAUCAAUUCCAUCGGCAGGUCUUGUUACAAUGCUUUUGGUUAUGUCAGCUGUGAAUAUUCCUGCAAAAGAAAUUACUAUUAUAUUUGCUAUUGAUUGGGCUUUAGAUCGAAUUCGUACAUCGGUUAAUAUAUUAGGUGAUGGUAUUGGAGCUGGUAUUGUCGAUCAUCUUGUUCGUGAUGAAUUAGGUCCUGAAGUACUUGAAGAAGGAGACAAAACAACUCAACCAAUGAAAGUACGAACAGCAUCUGAAUUGAAUCCUGAAAAACAACGUUUUCAUACUCGUGAUGAUUUUAAUGAAGCAUCUAAACUUUAA